AUGGCGUUUUUUAGGUCGCUACGAAGUGCGAAAGACACAAAGAAAUUGGAUACAAAAGAUGCAGCCAGGCAAGAUGUUAAUGUUGAGGUGAAGCAUGUGGAAGCUGAUAACGCCAUGGUUGAGAACCCUAACAUAGACUUUGAUCUCCUAGAUGAAGAGGUAUUUUUGGCUUCGCAUGUCGAAUCCUCGGCUGUGGACAAUAUUUAUGCACGCAAAGUCUACAUCAUGAACCGCAUUAUGAACGAGUAUAUUGGUAUGACCUGGUGGCAGUACGGUCUGCUCUUGGUCGCUGGUGUCGGCUGGUUCCUGGACAAUGCUUGGCUUCAGUUGGUCGCUGUAAUUCUUAGCCCAGCGCAGAAAGAAUUUUUUGCCUUUGAGACCGAUCCGGUAACACAACACAACCCAGCUUUCAUGACCUUGUCGCUCUAUGCGGGUUUAAUUGUAGGCGCUGCUUUCUGGGGUUACGCCGCUGAUAUUGUGGGACGUCGUUUCUCAUUCAACGCAACGCUGUUGAUCGCUGGUGUUUUUGGUGCAGCAGCUGGCGGUGCACAGAGCUUUACAGCUUUGGGCGGUCUGCUCGCAGCAUGUGGUUUUGGAAUUGGUGGUAGUCUUCCAGUGGAUGGAAUGCUCUUUCUCGAAUUCCUACCAGGUGUGCGCCAACAAAUGCUCACCUUGUUGUCCGUUUUCUGGCCAUUGGGUCAACUUGCCACUUCUUUGAUUGGAUGGGGAUUGAUUCCAAAGUUCAGCUGCCAUGUCAGUGACCCUGCAAAGAAUUGCACAGAUACAAACAGUAUGGGCUUCCUUACACACAAUGUGGGAUGGCGCUACGUACUCUUUGUUACAGGUUCUUAUACGCUUUUCUGCUUUUUCAUUCGAUUUGUGGUGUUCCGUAUCCCUGAGAGCCCCAAGUUCCUUCUCUCGAAAGGACGCGAUGGUGAUGCCGUUCGAGCUAUGCAUCAGUUUGCCAAGAUGUGCGGUAAGCCUUUGCCGGAGGGUAUGUUAACCAUCGCCAAACUUCGUGCUGCAGCGGGCCAGCAAGUCGAUAUGGACUUUGAAGAGGACUCAUAUGUGCCACCACGCACGAUAAAGGAGAAGAUUCUUGUCAAGAUGAACAAUUUCAAGCAGAACUUCAAGAGUAGCGGAAGUGAUACGUCACUCACCCACCUCAAGCCUCUUUUCCAUACAUUUGCUAUGGGAUACACAACAGCUAUCAUUUGGCUUCUCUGGGCUCUUAUUGGUUUGGCUUACCCUCUUUUUAAUGCAUUCAUUGUGCUGUAUUUGGGCGGCGGAGGUACUUUAUCUGAAGACAAAGUCUACCGUAACUACGUUAUUGUAUCAGUGUGUGGUAUCCCUGGCAGUCUCUUGGCAACCUGGAUGGUGGACCUGCCGCGUAGUGGUCGUCGUGGUGCAAUGGCUAUUGGCACCCUCCUCACCGGUAUUUUCCUGUUUGGUUUUACGGGUGUGGAUGGAGAAAACACCGAUGGCCAGCUUGCCUUCAGCUGUGUCACGUCAUUCACUCAAAACAUCAUGUAUGGCGUCCUUUAUUGCUACACGCCAGAGACGUUCCCCGCUCCAUUGCGUGGAGCUGCUGACGGUGUGGCUUCCAGUCUUAACCGCAUUUUUGGUCUCUUUGCAUCCAUCAUUAAAAUUUAUGCGCCUAGUCACACGCAGACUCAAAGAGCUAUUCCCAUUUAUGUGGGAGCGGCCCUAUUCAUUCUUUCCGGUCUUCUCAUGCUUACGUUGCGCGUCGAGACGGCCGCACGAACGUCCUUGUAA